UUUCGUUGGCACUCCCGCGCUAAUUAAACACCCAGAUAGCCCAAAGGCAAUCAGGCCAAAUGCCGUACAUUAUCAUACGAGGUAACCUAGCCUCCUACAGUCACAAAUAUCCAUGGCGAGUGCUCGUCUCUGGAUUGAAUGCUGACGACAUCGAGCAGUUGAACAAGUUCUCGUGCGGCGGUUACAGUGAUGAGUCCACCAUCGUCUACCUAGUGCAUCCUUGUCGCAUUCUAUCGGCUCUUGAGAUUUUGGGUUUCCGUGUAGUGGCCAGCUCAUCGACGGCCGUGAAACAGGACUACAACGAGUACAUGUGGACGAUGCGCAAGGAGUUCGACGAGCCCGAACCCUUGGAGGCCGAGUCCGUGGUCCGCGAAAAUCUAUCGAAUAUAGGCCGGGAGGCAGCCAGUUUAGGCAACUAUCACAAGGUGGACUCCCCCGAAUAA